CAAUGAAUCAGUUUUCCGCAUUACCUCGGGAGGCGUUGCAGCUUCCCGUAUAUUAACAAGUGCAUGCGAGCGUACUGGGUAGUUUCGCUGUAACCCAGCUGGGACAGUCCUUAUCCGUAUUGCGUGUAGACUAGUCCACAGACCUUAGAGAGAUAAACUCUGAAGACCUCGAAUCACACCCCCGAUUCGUCGUAUCCUGCAGGUAGUGCACAUCAUCGAAGGGGUCACCACCGGAGGAUAUAUUACACACACAAGUUUUCUGUCUGUUGUGAGGGACACCACCCAGAGAGGCCAGAAUGAGUCUGAGCGCCAGCGACCUCUCUGAAAUCAUCGACAUGUGGGAUGAACUGAACCUCAACUUCAACAACUCGGAGGAUGGCAACGUGUCCCACGUGGAGACGCUGGUGUGCCCGGCCGGGUUCAGCCGCAGCGGCGUCCUCUACGCCAUGUCGACCCUCUACAUCUUCAUCUUCAUCAUCGGCCUCGUGGCCAACUCGGUGGUGGUGUGGGUGAACGUGCGUGCCGAGCGCAACCGCUACGAGACGCACCUGUACAUCCUCAACCUGGCCAUCGCCGACCUGUGCGUGGUGGCCACCCUGCCCGUGUGGGUGAGCUCCCUGAUCCAGCACGGCCACUGGCCCUUCGGAGAGGCCAUGUGCAAGUUCACUCACCUGGUCUACAGUGUCAACCUCUUCAGCAGCAUCUUCUUUCUGGCCUGCAUGAGCGUGGACCGCUACCUGUCGGUGGCGCUGUUCGGGGACUCGGACAGCCGGCGGAAGAAGGCGGUGCGGCGGGCCGUCUGCGUCCUGGUCUGGCUCCUGGCCCUGGUCGCUUCGCUCCCCGACACCUACUUCCUGCGGGCGGUGAAGUCGGAGCACUCGGACAGCACCUUCUGCCGGCCGGUGUACCCGGCGGACAGCCCACGCGACUGGAUGGUGGGCAUCCAGCUCAGCUUCAUAGUCCUGGGCUUCGCCAUCCCCUUCCCCGUCAUCGCCUUCUUCUACGCCCUCCUGGCGGGCGCCAUCUCCUCCUCCGCCGACCAGGAGCGCCGGAUCAGCCGCAAGAUCAUCCUCACCUACAUCGUGGUGUUCCUGGUCUGCUGGCUGCCCUACCAUGGGGUGCUCCUGGUGGAUGCCCUCUCCCUGCUGGGCAUCCUGCCCUUCAGCUGCAGGCUGGAGAGCUUCCUGUACGUGGCGCUGCACUUCACCCAGUGCUUCUCCCUCAUCCACUGCUGCGUCAACCCCGUCAUCUACAACUUCAUCAACAAGAACUACCGCUACGAUCUCAUGAAGGCCUUCAUUUUCAAGUACUCCACCAAGACAGGCCUGGCCAAGCUCAUUGAUGCCUCCAGGGUGUCUGAGACAGAGUAUUCGGCUGUGGAGAACCACCCGCAGCUGUGAGGUUUCCCUCCCGACACAAAACCCAUUCCAAAUAAGACUUUACCGGAACUGUGCAAGUGCUUGACGAGACCCUGUCCGGUACUCUCCCACACUUUUGGUCCCUCUUAAAGCUUGAGACUAUCUGCUGUGCUCUGUCUGUGUUGGGAGGGGGGAGGGGGGAAGCUUAGCAUUAUGUAUAUAUAUAUAUGUGAGGCACUAUAAAGACCAAAUUCUAAAAGCUUUUUUUAUAUAUAUAUAUAUGUAUGUAAAAACCUAAAAAAAAAAAAAAAGCCACAAGCUGCCUCCACAGUCCGCCUGUCUUGCCAUGGCUAUGUUUUUUUUUCCGCAGUCCCAGCAUUCUCGUUAAGUAUUGCGAAGAUGGUUCGCCUGGGGUCAGUUUGGUCAAAGGCCUCAGAGAUCUGUAGAAAGCACUUCCCCGUGCAUUGCAGUGUGGAGCGUGGAGCAGAGGGGCGGAGCUUGUCGUCAAGCCGAUUGAAAGGCGUGUAGCAGCGGCAGACUGUCGUUGGAAUCACGGCAGUGUUUAUCUGCUGCCGAGAGGUCAGUCAUUACGGCUCCAUUAUGCUCCAGCUGCGUGCCAGUGCCGUCAGGGCCUGCCUUUUAGCCAGAGAAACGCUGCUUAUAAGAGGUAAGGAAUGUGGCCUGAGACACUGUGACAGAAACACAAAAACGAGGUUCCAGACCCAGUGGAGCAGUCCCAGAAAGUUCAAAAUUUUAAGUGUUCCUUGUAUGUAUAUACUUGUGUUUGUGGGUGUGUGUGUGUGUGUGUGCUUGUUUGUGUGUAUGUACGUGUGCGCGUGUGCUUGCAUAUGUGAGUUUGUAAGUGCGUGUGUUUGUGCUUGUUUGUGUGUGUGUUUUCAGGUAUAUCACUGAAUGACUGUGUGAGAAAACAGACACCAAACACAACAAAAGGAACACUUGCAACACUUUCUUAGUGCUUUGCGUAAAAUUAGAAGGAACAUGUCUUAAAAUAACUUAUAUUAAUAGAUCUUCUGUGUUUUGUAAAUAUUUUGAUAUAUUUAUACAUUAAUUUACAUGUAUACUGUAUUUUUUUUUCUCUCAUGUCACUAAGGAUUUGUAUUGCAUGUUUGCCAUGUUAUAUGUGUUGGAAUGUAAUGUUGAUAAGGUAAAAAAAAGUUUUAAUUGAAUCAUAGGAACACCAGUAUCAUGUUUUCAGAAGUAGAAAAGCAGCUCUGUGUUAUCCUGUUGUUAUAUGCUGUGUGUGUGUGUAUUGACUUUUACGAGGCAUGGGUUUCUGAAUUACAAGUAAUAUGCUCAAAGACAGACUGUACAUUAUGUACAUUAUCCUUCAAUGACAAACCAUGUAUCCUUGGUUUUUGUCCUAUGUAUAGGGUGCAGAAACCAUUUUUUGCCUGAGUCUGUAAAUUCAUUGGCUGUACUGGUGUUACAGUAUACUGAAAAAAGAAGAUGCUUCUUUGACUUUUUAUAUUUUUUUCAUAUGGUCAAGAUUCCUGGUAUACUGGUGUGAGUGAAAGUAUUGAUCUAUAGAAUAGGCCAUGCUGCUAUUGCAGAAUAGCAACAUGAAGAGAAGCACUUAAUAUUGAUUGAACCUUUAAAGUAUCACUUCGUUGUUGACGCAGCAGUUGCUGGCUCUAUAACGCUGAAGUUCUGUUCAGUAUGUAUAUAGAUGGGUCUUGACAGCAAGGUCUCACUUGGCAUUCUGUAGUACCAGUCAAGUUCAUGAUUAUUAAACAAAAUUUAAGGACAUGUGCCUUUGCCAUUAACUGCACAUUUUUGGUUUAUUUUUAAUUUAUUGCAUUAUUCAUUUAAAUGAAAUGAUAAUGUUGCUUAAAGGACAAAACUGUUGCUUCAUUGAAUGUGUUAUUCCAAGUUGAAUUCUCUUCAUAAAUGCAAAACAUGACAUGACAGCAGCUCAUAACUGUGUCAGAAUUUUUAAGUGUUACAGUAGCUUGAUCUGCAUAUUUUUACUGUCUUUUGGAAACAAUAAAGAAAUACAAAUAAA